AUGGCAGACUACGAGGUCAUGGGUAAGAACAAGCAAGGUCGGAAAAUCUACAGCGACAUCAACCCGUCGUUCCCAAUCCACGACAGCCGUGAGAGCGAAGGAGACUAUUGCGAGUCGCCCGAUCUCCUCAGCAAGCAGCGACUCAUUGGACCUAUUCCCAAGGGUAGGAAGCACACCAUCUUCGCACCUUGGACUUUCGUGUCUAUAGUCAUCAUAUGCGCCGUCACUGCAUACGCCCUUUUCGUCCUCAAUCUCAGGCAUCAAGAUCAACGUUGGAGAAUGCAAUCGUCAGCUGGAACGGACACCUCGAUAUUCAAUUUCGGUCCUUCGCCUCCAAAAUCUGGACUCAACUUUCCACAAGAAUACCCCAAACUUGAUAUCGAUCAUUCCACGCUGGAUUGCAGGAACGCGUGGCACAGACUCGUUUCUGUUCCCUGCCAUGAGCAGAUAUGGACCAGAAGUUGGGACUAUGGCAAUUACGAUUUUCGUGAACCUGACCUGAACCGCUUCCUUCCGUUGAUCUGUAAAGAAGAUUGCACCGCCGCCCUCAACGAGGCUCAGAACAGGAUCAGCAAUUCAUGCAGUGCGCAAGAUCAUUUCAAACUUCGUGACUAUGUGGGCAGGUUCGAUACUACUCUCCUGGAGCCAAAUCCAGUGGCUGUGAUGGACAUGUUGGUGGCACGUCAGACUCACGACUGCCGGACGAGCCCAAUUGGUGACGCGGAGCGUGAAUAUUGCAUGACGGAUCUGCAGGAGCGAUGGUCUAUCCUUGAUGGGUUGAUGGUUGAACCUCUGCACGGCAUCGACGAAUUCUUACUUGAGACCAAUCGAUACAGGAUCGAGUCCGGAAAGCGGAUGGCUGGCGUUUUUGGCGGAAGAGACUGGCUCGACGAAUACAAUUACAUGCGCGAGGAAAGGAGAUUUGGGCCUGGGCGAGGUGAAACAUUGUGCAGCUAUUGUACACUGGACUGGCUCGGCAGGAAAAUGAAAAGUUGGAAGCCAGACUUGAUUUACGACGAAGAUGGGUUACCUAUGGAGCUGCCAGUUUACGUGGCGAGGAUAUCAAAGGCAGGCCGGAGGUGUGCAGGCGAGAACUUCACGAUGAUGUGGGCAGACGCCGUAGAUCAUUACGAGGAGCAAGGCUUACUUGAUCGUGAGGGCCAAUGGUUACGUAAGCCAUCACGCAACAGGUUGUAUCUCUUCCAGCAUGGUCCUUCUGCUGGAGAUACUCCUCUUCCGGAAAUCCGAGACUACCUCGAGGAGAUGGGAGACUGGCAAAGUAGCCAUCCAUAUCUAUCCGACAACGAGGGUGACGAGCUUGACAAUCAUACUUCGUGCCUUCAAGGGCUGCACGAAGAAAUACUCUCGAUGACAUGUUACCCUUUCUUAUCGAUCGAAGAUCUUGUGUCUAACAUCCUGGACAACCCUGAACAUUUCCGCAGCAGCUGCACAAGCCAUUGCCAGGCUUCGAUUCAGAGACUGAGAUUUAUGACAUUCGAGGCAUGUCCGGAGUUGUUAGCAGACCAGAAACGCGUUCGGACACUCAAGGGGGGGAAUCCUUUCUCACUGUACGAAUGGAGAGAACUUAUCUUCUCGGACACUGGAUCUCUUGCGUUGGCCGAAAAUGCUUGUGUGAGAGUGGCGUUGAAGACUCUUCUAGCCGCAGUAGCAACAAACGUUUUGAUUUGGGAUUUGAUGUAUAAUCCUGAGGAGCUGAACUAA